GCCCAUUAUUAAAAGGGCUUCAUAAUUAGUCCAGUUUGAUGUUUGCUUCACGCCUUUAAACACGCCCACAAUUAUGAAUUGCGUUUGUUAUCACCUUCCCCACGAACUGAUUAAUCAACGAACUUCCCGAAGUACCCUCAAUUAAAAUUAACAAAUACACAAGAACCCCAUCCACGUAAUCACGAUCUCUCCUUCAAGAAUUCAUUUUUCGUACACGAUCUCUGCUUCAAGAAGCCAUUUUUGGCACUAUAAAAAAUGGGAAUGUGGAGGGAAAAUUUGCGUGACUUUCAUAGAGAAUCCACUGCUCUGCCAUCUGUUUUCUCCGUUCUCAAUCACCGGAAGCUACCAAUCGGAGUUUGUGAUUCACUGUGGUUGCUUUCCAGAUGGUUUCGAAUAUCCAAGGAGUUGAUACGGGGAGAAGCGACGCGAGUCUUAGUCGGUCUAACAAAACGGGAAAUACUCGCCGUUCUUGGUCUACAAGGGAAGAGCAUGUGUUGCUGUCAUCGUUGAAAGAAUUAGUUGCAAAUGGCUGGAAAUCGGACAAUGGAUUUCGAGCAGGGUUCCUCGGUAAACUUGAGGACGCCUUGAAGAAGGAGUUUCCGGUCACCGAUUUAAAAGCUACACCACAUAUCAAUUCAAAAAUCGAAACUUGGAAAAAAAGCUAUUACUCCUUGACAUCUAUGUUGGGGAAUAGUGGAAUAGGGUUCAAUUCCGACUACAUGAUCGACUGUGACAACGAUCUGUGGGAACAGAUCGUUAAGAAGGAUCCAGCUGCGCGCUCGAUGCGUCAUAAGAGCUGGCCGCUCUUCGAGGAUUGGAAAGAGAUCUUCGGCAAGGAUCGUGCGAAUGAUGGAACCCAAUCCAUGUUCAUCAUCAAAAGUAAAAGUAAGAUAAAUAAGUAUGAGUGA